AAAAAGAAAAAAAAUGCGUCCUUUUAUAUAUUAUAAUUCUAUAAUAUAAUACUUUUAUAUGGAUAGAAAUAAUAUUAUUCACAAUCAGCAUUGACUUAAGAGCAGUGUGAUCGAUGCUGCUAGUUUUUAUAACGUCUGUACCUGGGUCUCGUACCCUCGUGAUUAUCUAUGUUAUAUUAUAUGCAUUUACAUAGAUUGUAUACUAUGUUAUAUGAAAUCUAAUUUUUUACAAUUCUCCUCCUGUAGAUCUUAGAUGAGGUAAAGAUCUAAUUAAAUUUUUGAUUGAUACCAGAAAAUGGUAUUAUUCUUGGAUUAUCAAGAGGAGUCAGCAUUGUUGUAUGAUAGAUUUUAACAGGUAUAUUUGAGUUAUUCUGGCUAGCUAUAUCGUAAAUGAUUGAUUUAUUUUAUCUAAAAGUGUAGGAUUAUCCAGGGAUAUAUUCCAAAUUCUUAAUUUUUAAACAACAGAAAGAAUAGUUUUUAUAGUUAUAGUUUUUAAAAGAUAGUAUUGAGGUCAUUCAGGUGCUCUUUGGAAAAUAUUGAAAUAUUAAUAUAUUUUGAUUUUCCUUUGAAAAAAAGUAAUGGAAUCCUAUUUUUAGAAACUGUAUCGAGAAUUCUUCUAGCUUUGCUUCCACUGUUGUAUUGUACUGUGCAAUGUGCGAAAUUUCUUUAUGGUGUUGGUGAUGCCCCUGCAGGCAGUUUGCUAGCCAGAACUUUACUUAGCAGAUCUUCAAUCAUUUGAAUUGUUAUUGCGUUUUGUGGACUCCUUAUUUUCUUGUUGAUCCUUCUUAUUUCUUGAAAUUGGAUUUGGAUAUGAAUAUAUUUAGAUAAUUAUAUUCAACCAUAUCGGAUAAACAAUAAUUUUAUUUUAAUUAAACAUUUUAAUUAAAAUUUUUUAUAUUUUUAAUUAUUUUUGUAAACAUCGUGAUAAAUUUAAAAAAUGAAUUUGUGGAGUUAUGUUUGAUUUGAAUUUUUAUAAAGAGAUCUUCAAUCACAUUGUAGAACAUCACUACGUACGUACAUAAAAAAUAAUUUUAACAUGUUUUUUAUCUAAUGAGAUUUUAUUACAUAAAUGCAGUGCUAAAAAAAAAAUAUAUAUAUUUUUUUUUAUAUAAGAUAAAAUCAGUUCAAGAAAUUUUCGUCGCUUGAAAGAAUGAAUUAAUGUUCAUUUUUAGCAAAAAAACUUAAUAAUUAAUGAAUAUAAACAAUAAUUUCCACGAUUCUCGUUUCACUACGUCAUAGUCAUUGAUAGUUGCAUUUUUUCCGUUGCUUAAUUUCUCUAAGUGUUUUUAACAUAAUUUUACUUAAAUAACUACUUUUCUAUUUUUUGUUAGGCAUUUUCGCAACAUGUUUUUUUUUCUUGAUCUUUUAUCACUAUUCACCCAUAUAAUAUAGAUGAUUUAAGUUGCGUUUUUUUUUUAAAUAUUUUUUUAAAUAUUAUUAUUUAGAAAUAUGUCGUAGCACAACAUAUUCGUUGCGUUACAAUAUGGCUGCCAUGUUCACAAUUUGUGAUGUAUCUUAUUUCUUUGUACAGGCUAUAGUUUUUAAAUUAUAUUUAGUUUCGUGCGUCAUGAAAUCGUAAAAAUUUCUCAUGAUUCUUUUUUAAAAAAUGUAUCAAUAAAAAAUAUUUUGAAAUUGUAUUUAAUAAAAUAAUGUUUUAAUAAAUUGAUCUACAGAUGACACAAUACAAAACAUUUUUCUUGCAUUUUUUUUUAAGAUUUAUUUAUAAAUAAAUAUUAGGCCUAAUUCUAUUAACAAUAAAGCCUAAAUUUAGGCCUAAUUUUAUAGACCUAGUAUUGACAAAAUUUUGUUUUGCUUAAUAUAAAAUUAAUUGUGAAAUCCGAUGGAAUUAAAGAUGGAAUUACAGAAUUAAAAUGUAAAAUACUAUGAUCAUGGCAGUAUAUAUAUUUGAUUGACUUAUCAUUAUAAUACUUGAAAUUUAUUUUCUUAUGAUUUAUAGUAUAAUUGUGAUUUGCAAAUUUGUCAAAUCAAUUGUAAUAUCAAAAAUAAUACCUCAAGUUCAAUUUUGCACUUUAAAUUUUACUAAAAUAUUUCUAUAAAGUCGUAAUUAUAAAAAAAAUUGUUAGUAUAUUGAAAAUAAACUAAAUAGCAUUGUACAUUAUCAUAUAUACUUGUAUAUAUGGUCUGAAAAUUAUUCGACUCUUAAAUUAAGUUAUAUGAAUAUUGUAAAUUAAUAAUAUAUAUAUAUAUAAUUCAUAUAAAUAUAAUGUAUAUAAUCAAUAUGAAGAUAGAAAAUCUUAAUGUUAUAAUAACGAUAAAAUGAAUAGCAUCGACUGCACUUAUUAUGUAAUAUUUAAAAAAUAUUAAAAAAAAAUAUUAAUAAACUUUCAAUGAAAGUGAAAUACUAAGAUUAUUAAAUGCGAAUAACAAAAUUUUUUUGCGUACAAUUUUAUCAAUAUAUAUAUAUAUGUAUCUGUAUAUAUCGAAAAUUUUCUUUCAUACUUUUAUUAAUACUUUUUUCCCUAUUGUUUCAACAUUAUUCGUAUUUGCUUAAUUUAUAUUAAAUUUAAAUAAUAAACGGAAUUAAAUAAAUUUUUCGAUAAGGUUCAAUCAAUGUAUUGUGCUACCAGAGCACCUGUAUUAUUAAUUUUAUUACAAUUGUAAACUAUAACAAAGUGAAGUCAAUGCGCUGAAUGAAAAAUGUAUGAAAAAACAAACGUAAGUAUUUCUGCUAUUGUAAAAUUAUUUGUUUUUUACCUUGAUAAAAUAUUACACAUAUUGUACACGGUGAAUUGUUAAAACUGCCCUUAAAACAUUUCCUGUUUGUUCCUUUAUAUUUAUAAAUUAUAUACAUAUAAUAAAACUAAUAUAUAAUAUGUCUAUCUUUAAAAUAUAUGUAAAUUUAUUUUUUAAGUAUCAUGAAAUUUUUAAAUUUAUAGUUUAUAAUAUUUUAAAAAUAAAAAAUGAAUAAAAUUUUUUGUUUUAUUUUUUGAAAAAUUAUAUUUUAUAAUUAUAUAUACAUGUAAUUUAUUGAUAAAUAUUUUUCAAAUGAAUUUGAAAAUAGUAUAAAUAAUAUAAUAUCGAGUAAUCGAAAAACGAACCGGAAAUAUUAUCGAUCAUGAUUCGACUAAUGUUCACCAGAUGACGCACAAGGUUUUCAGGCGUGUCGAAAAGCAGUCGCGCUUGCGUACUUACAUAUGUUCAUCGUGUUCGUCGUUGUGGUGGUUACGGUUCAGAGACUGUAGUGUGCAACAGUAGAGUAGGAUUUAUUGAGUAAAGCAUUUAUGGAAAGUGAGCGAAAGUGAUAGAGUGCCAUGAUAAAGUUGUACGAGUGGACAAUUGAAUCUUAUAAUUGAAAAUUCAAAAAAAAGGUGCGUUCACGAUAAAGGUGUCGAAGAAGUGAAUCGUGAUUGGUGAAUCUUAGACGGCCAUUAUUGUGCGCCAUUCGGUCUCCGGUGCAGAUCCGCGCAGCGAAAGGGCAGAUGCCCUUACGCGGUUCGUGUUCCCAUUGGUGGGUACGCGUUAAUCUACCCGGAUCGACACACUUCGUGAGAUCCGGUAGUAUUUCUCGAAACGUAUUCUUGAACAUAUUAAAUUUAAAAAAUAUAAAGACAAGUAAAUCAACCACCUCCUGUGGAAAGCGAGUCUUUUGAUAGUCGACUCGAUAGUUGUGUGAUCUUUGUCUAACAGCAACAGUAGCAACCGCAGCGCCGUCAACAACACGACAACGAUAACGACGACAGUAGCGCCAUCAGCGCGACCGCCAUCGCAGCGAAAAGAAACAGUAUUCCUUUGAGGAAAGAAGAAAUGCCUGUAGGUUCGCGAUCAGUGGCGCGACCAAAGAUGGAGGCCACGUCCAGUUUGUAACACGCAGCCAAGUCUCGUUCAAAGCGCACCAACGGAGCCACGAAGCGCUCCUCGAGUCGGCUGUCCAAAGUCGCUUUUGCCCCGUGCUACUUUUCUUCGUGAGCCCCGCGAGGCUGGAGAAUGGAGCUACGCGUUGGAAAUAAGUACCGGCUCGGACGGAAAAUCGGGAGUGGCUCCUUUGGCGACAUUUAUCUAGGUACCAAUAUCUCUACCGGCGAGGAAGUCGCCAUCAAGCUAGAAUGUAUAAAAACGCGGCAUCCGCAGUUACACAUAGAAUCGAAGUUCUACAGGAUGAUGCAAGGUGGUGUUGGAAUACCAACUAUAAAAUGGUGUGGUUCAGAAGGUGACUACAAUGUAAUGGUAAUGGAGCUACUAGGUCCAUCAUUGGAGGAUCUAUUUAAUUACUGUUCAAGAACUUUUUCUUUGAAAACAGUCUUGCUUCUCGCCGAUCAAUUGAUAAGUAGAACGGAUUAUAUUCACAGUCGCAAUUUUAUCCAUCGAGACAUCAAACCAGAUAAUUUUUUGAUGGGCUUGGGAAAAAAGGGAAAUCUCGUAUAUAUCAUAGAUUUUGGAUUGGCCAAAAAAUAUCGCGAUGGCCGUACUCACAAACACAUACCUUAUCGAGAAAACAAGAACUUAACAGGAACAGCCAGAUAUGCGAGUAUUAAUACACAUUUGGGAAUUGAGCAAUCACGAAGAGAUGACCUUGAAUCCUUGGGAUAUGUUCUUAUGUAUUUCAAUAGAGGUAGCUUACCCUGGCAAGGUCUGAAAGCGGCAACUAAACGACAGAAAUACGAACGUAUUUCUGAAAAGAAAAUGUCUACACCCAUCGAAGAAUUAUGCAAGGGUUAUCCUGUUGAGUUCGUGCAAUAUCUAAGGUAUUGUCGAGGACUACGAUUCGAGGAAAGGCCGGACUAUUCGUAUCUUCGGCAACUUUUCCGGACGUUGUUCCACGAAGAGGGUUUCACAUACGAUUAUGUCUUCGAUUGGAAUAGGCUGAAAUUCGGUAAUGUGAGGCAACAAACAUUGUCUUCGACGCAACAAACACCGAUGCAGUCGCAACAUACGAAUGCAGCGCUGCCUUCUGGGACUAAUAAUGAUCAAGAACAUCGAUCUAGACCUUACACCCGGCAGUGUUUGGCAAACAUAUCAGUGGGAACAGUGGGUCCGACUGUAGGUGGAACAACUACAAAUUUGAGAAGCAUGCGGCAAAAACGCGAGGCGAUAGACGCUCUUCGCGAUCAGGACAAUCAGGAGAGCGAUCUUCAAGCAUCGGGCACAGGUGGCCAAGAACGAAGAGUCAGCAUGAGGUUGCACCGUAGGGAUGCAGCUGCUGGAGAGAUGCAACCGAAGACCAAACUAAAUCUACAUCGACGGCAGGACGAUGGUUCUCGGCCGGCGAAACUCACGCAAUUACGCAAUCAACCGGAAAGAACUGCGAAAGCGAAGUCGCAACAGUUGCACGAUCCGAUUUCCUUCGAGCCAAACUUGAGGAAACCCACGAGGAGUCAAAAUCCAUUGCGCUAGGCGAUUUCAACGGUGACAGUGAAUAUCCUGUAUAUACCGUGACUGUUUGCUGAAUUACAGAAAAAUCGGAUGACUAGAGCGUGGCUGUAAGGUAAAUCCAAAUAAAUCGGUUAUGUCAAUGUUAUGAUGGGGCUAAUCAAGGAACAAUUAAGAUGCGCCAAUAUCGAUCGAGCGUACUGUACAUUUCGUGUUCGCGCGCGAACUUCGAUUUCAGUUUUUUUUUUUUUUUUUUUUUUUUUUUUUGUCUACCGCGUAAUUGUCGAACUGCGAAUCCAUUUAUUCGAGGGAGAUGAUCGUUUUUCGAAACGAAUGAUAAAAUAUAAUACGAACGAAUUUUUCGUGUACGAGUAUCUCUCCUCUUCUUACCACGCCUCUCGUUCUUUUUUGUUUUGUAUUAUUUUUGAUUCUAUUUCUUUUCUCGAAUGAGAGGCGAACGUGUUUUUAAAAAUUUGAUAUAGUUUACAGUAAUGCCUCGACAGUAGACGCAGAGGUCAUCCCCACUAUUUCCUGAAAUUACUUCGACCGAGCGUUUUUUGUACAUUAGAAGUAACUAAGGAGUAGUCGAACGUCUCUUUAUUCAUUUCGCUUAAAUUUUUUGUUUCUCAUUUGCUUGUCGAGCGAUCAAAAAAAUACGACGAUACAAGUAAUUUUUUCCCUGUUAAUAAACGCGGUCCUCAAACUGGGUUUACUAUCGAGGUACUAUUUGUAAUAAUUAACCUAAUAACCGGGUUUAUCGUUUAAUUGAAAUUCUCAAUAACUAUUAAAUAACUAGAAUCAAAAAUUAGAAGAAAACAAAUCAAUUUUAAUUAGAUCGCAUUAACACUUAACUGCUGUGGUGCGGAUUAGAUUUAUAGCUGCUAUAUAUUUUCCUCUAUACCUAUGUUUUAUAUUUUUACGAAAGUGUUUCAAUUCAGCUGACUUUAUUCACAUUGAGUUAUAAUUGUCAGCUGCAAAAAAAGAAAAUAAAUAAAUAUCAUAAGUAGAGAAAAAGACAAAAGUAAUGAUUAUUUUAAUCUACACCAUAUCAGUUGAGGACUAUUGUAUGAUUUAAAAAAAAAUCCGUAAAUAAAGAAAUUAUUAAGUUUUAAGAGAUUGGUAAUUCAAGUGAGUUCUCUCCCGGUUAAAAGGUUAAAACGAAAAGAGAAAAAGCUUCGUGUGAUAAUAAAGAAGAAUGUAAAAAAAAAAAAAAAAAAAAAAAAGAUGUAAAGAUCACGAUUGAACGUCACCAAAUUUAUUCGUUCAUCGUGUGCUUUGUGUACAUUGUAUCCUUUUCUGAGUCGUUGUUGAUGCGUGCUUGCAUUUUCGACUUACUACGUGUACGUGAUAUGAGAAAUUUUGCGUGAUCAAAUUAUAGCGAGAUUAGGGUGGAGGAGAGGGGAGAAGAGCAAUAUUCCAAAUUUGCAUAAAGAGGAACAAUCGGUGGAAUGUAUUUAUAUUUCUUAUGAAUAUCGUGGUUUUCUAAUCCUAUUUCUCGAUAAUAUUAUACUCUCGAUAAUCUUGAAAUAUUUCCGCCCGUGAUUAAUUAAAUCCUGCAAUGAUACACUGUGAUCUUUCAAAGUUUUAAUAUUUGUGUACAUUGCAAAGAAUUUUGAAAAAAUUAAUCACCAGACAUAUCUUCAAAUUUACAAAUAUUUACUUUUAGGUUAUGUAAUAUUAAAAUAUUGGAAAGAAAGUUGUAUGAGUUUUAUAUAUAUUAUAUUUUAAUAAAAUCCAGGUGUGCCAUUGCAGAUUUAAGAAGUUCAAAUGCACGUGGCGGGGCAUUUUUAAAUAGGUUAGACAAACCAUGAAUGUACGUUAAGAAAUUCACCGGAAAUCGAGUUUCUCUUUAGCGCGAACAAUUGCCUUGAUUCAUGAAAUUUUGUUGAAUGUGCGACUGUAGUGAAUUUUAGAGUAAAGGGGAGAGACGAUAAAAAGGGAUAAGCGCGUAAGUGUCCGUGAGAAAAACGCGAGGAAGCAGUAUCCCUGAUAUAUACUAUAUAAUAUAAACGCGAUUGUUCUCGCGCGUGAAAUACAUUUUUUUGUUUCAGACGAAAUUCAAGCCGAGAACGACUGAUUUGCUCCGGUGUGAAACGGUUCGACAACCGAUUUGAUUCAAAUUUUGUAUAUAUAUAUAUACAUACAUGUAUUACUUUUGUACAUGUAAAUGCGUACAUCGAUUAAGAUAGCUUGAAAAUAUUUCGAAAAAAAAACGCGUUUUACGCAUUGAAUGGAUUUUUAUUUUGAAACUAAAUUUGAAUUUGUAUCAAUUGUUCAUUGUUUUUUUUUUUCUUUUUUAAUUCAGCAAUUAUCCAUAUCUCUUGAAAUUUAAUGAUUAAAUCAUUAAUACACUCACUUCCUUUUUGUGAUAAAUGUAAAGAUCAUUUUUUUUUUUAAGUAAAAAAACAAUUGACGAGGCUUUUUUUCAUCUCUAUACGCAGUUCCUUUUUUUUUUUUUUAUCAUUAUUACUCCAUAUAUUAUUUUACGUUAAGUUUAUUCAUUUUUUUAGAUUAUUCUUUUAGAUAAUUAAUAUAAUUUAAUAUUGAGGGACGGAGAUGAUCAAUACAUUGAUUUUAUUCAUAUAAAUUUAAAGAAAAAUUAUUUAUCAUAUAUCAAGAAUCGAACUUCAAUCUUUUUUUUUUUUUUUUUUUUUUUAUAUUAGACGUAAAUACUCUAACGCGAAUUUACUCUGUUAAUUCUUUAAUUAUCAUCUGAAUAUUAUAUAUUAUAUAAUUUCGAUUUAAAAGUAAUGUAUAAAAAAGUAUCUAACACAAGUUUUUUUUAUAUAAUUUUUUUAAUGUGUUUUAUGCACAUGUUGUCAUCAAAGACAUACAUUAAUUAUUUACAAAAUCUGAAUCAAAUCAAAAAAAUCUAACAAUCGUUUAUCCGUUUCGUUAGCCAAUCGAUUAUUCGACGGAAGUAAAAAAAGAAAAAAAAAAAUAUAUAUAUAUAUAUCGAAGUUAAAUUCCUUCCGCGAAAUCGCUCGCGUCUCCUUUCAUCCCUUCAUAUUUCAAUCUUAACUCUUCACAAUUUUCACCUGUCCAUCGCCCUAUCACUUCCUGUUGCCUCCCUCCUCCUCCCUUGAUCGAAUUUUUCUUUGUAUAAAAAAAAGUAUCGUGGACGCAUUGCAUACAAAAAUGGUGAAAAACAAAAAAAACGUGAUAUAAAAAAAAAAAAGAAGGUUAUAUAUAAAUAUAUAUUAUACCGACACAUGUUUUUCUAUGUAUUUUUUUCAUAGGGUACUACUACUACUGCUAUUAAUUAUUACUAUUACCAAUUAACUAAUAACUAAUUAAAACUACUACCAACUAUUACUAUCAUUACUACCGCUGCUGCUAUUGCUAAUUACACACACACACACACACAACACACACACAACACACACUCUUUCAAAUUUACUAUGUUAUGACUUGUAUAAAAAAAAAAAAAAAGGCGACUUAUUAACCCUUAUGUCAAUAUUAAAAAAUUUUCAAACACCGUUCAACUUUUGAUUUUGCUAUUUUUGUAGCGAUAACAUUUUUAUAUUUGAAAAUAUAAAUCGAUAGCAAAUGUACCAAAUAAUGAUGAUGCAGAUAGAUUUAAAAAUAUUUUGAUAGGAAAAUAAAAUAUUUUAAAUCGGAUAUUUAUAUUUUAAAUUAUAUUGAAUAAUCAUAACAUUAAUUUUAUCGCGAAUACAGUAAAUAUUUUAAAAUUGUCCUACGUAAUUGUAAAAGAUUCAUCAUGAAGUUCAAAAUGCGAGCAAUGUAAUCCGAUUCGAGAAAUAUCAUUGAGACAAUAUUAAUGAUAAAAUUUGUCUAUUUUUUUUAUUUCUUUUUUUUUUUUUUUUUAAUGAAAAUUUUGUCGAGACAUUUAUCUUCUUUCUCUUUAAAAUUCAUCUUGUUUCUGAAAUAAAACUUAAUACGAUGUAAUUUGAAUGUUCUAACAAUAAAUGAUAACAAAAUUUUUUCUUUAUUUUAUUAUUUUCUUUAUUUUAAAUAGCGAUAUAAUCUAAAAUAAUUAAGCAAAUAAAUGAAUUAUAUUUGGUUUCAUUUUAAUCAAUUUAGAAAUUUCAUAAAUACGUCGGUAAAAUUUCUAUUAGAAAAAAAAUCAAAAAUACAAAAAUUUACUUACAUUAGUAUUAUCUAACUAUUCAUCUAUGCUUUUUUUUUCCUCUUAUCUUUCGACUUCGAAUCUCAAUUCUCUUUCACUUUUGCUUUCACUUCCCUGUGUUUUCGACAAGAAAAAUGUAAACAAACUUCCGCCACGUCAGAAUUAAUAUAUCUAUUAACGUCAAAUUAUGAAAUAUUUACUGUACCGGAUAUCCUCCUGGUGUUGACAUAAGGAUUAAUCCGCAACGAUCAUUUCGAGAAAAGGAAAUAAAUUUUUGACAAUUUAUAAUGGAAAUGACGAAUCUUUAUACAAUUUUUUGCGUAUUGCAAUCUUUCCGCCAUUUUCUUUUUUUCUGUUUCAUUGGCUUUCCACAAUUUUGCACAUCAUCCUCUGCGCUGAUGUUCGAUUUGGGCUCUCUUGUACAAUUGUGAAAUAAUAUUAUUAAUAAUAUUUAUCAGAUCAAAAGUUUGAUUUAUAAUAUUAUUUAAUAAUAAUAUAUGUUUAAUUAUAUUAUUAUGUGAUAUUUGAUGUUAAUUUAUAAUUUUAUGUGAAUUAAAAUUAGUGAUUGAAUCACAAGUUAGUUUGGUAUCUUGUAAAUUAUUAUUUUUCGUAACGGUAAUAAAUUUCGUAAUAAAGAUUUAUAAGUAAAUAUUAUAAAUUAUAAGUUAUCUAGUUAUUUUAUUUAAUAUAAAAGUGUAAAGAAAAAAUUUAUAAUAUACAAUUUCUUACUUGUCAAUAUUAAUUAUUAAUUGAUGAAUCAUUGGACAAGAGAGUUUUAAAUUUAGUUUUAAAUUAAAUUUUAGAAUAAGGAAAAGAAGUUGUUGGAAAUAUAUUUAUCUGUUAAAUGUUUUUCUUGUGAAUUUCAAGAUCAUUUUUUUCAAAAUGUAUCGAUUAUUGUUGAAUGUAUCUAGUGAGAAUAAGAUAUGACUUUAAGUCUUUAUAUUUUGUUAUGUUUUAGAAAUUAUAUAUAUAUAUAUAUCUAUAAUUCGAAUAGCGAAACGUGAAAAUAUUAAAGAAAAUUUAGCUUUCUAGUUGUUUAUUUUAUGAAUCGUAAUUUUAUAAUCCAAAAUUUGGAUUGUUAGAAAUUUAUAUCAGUAUUUAGUUGCCUUAUUUAGUUUUACAUGAGCGCAGAGGGUUAACGAUGAUUACUUUACAAGGUGGAAGAAGUCGAGAUCAUUAUAAAUAUUAUAAAUAUUUAUUUAUUGAAUUUGUAUUAAUAUUAGAAAUUUGAUUAAUAAUUAGAAAAUAUUAGAAAAUAUUGCAUGAUUUUUAUUGUUCUAAGAUUUAAUUUAUUUUAUACAAAAAAAAUUAUUCUCUUCAUAAUCAUGCAAUACUUUUCAAUUGUUGAUUUGAUAUUACACUUCCAUCCAAUCUUCAAUCAACAUAAUUUAUGCUUUCGUCGAAAAAUAUUCUUUUGUAAUUCGAUUAUAUCCAUGUUACGUAGUUGGCCAAAAUUGCUUUAAAUUCCAAAUAAAAGUAAUUAAUUAUAGCUUUCGAAUCGUAAACAUUAAAUAUUUUGAAAAAUUGAGAUUAAGUUAUGAGGCUAAUCUUGUUGAUUGUUCUAGGCUUCGUAAAAUAAUGAUUUUAUGGAUGUUGAAUAUUGAAUCAAGGAUUAUUUUUCGAAUUUUGACUUGGAGGAAACAAACACUGCCAGCGCAGGCGGAAAUUCUUGCGUUCUCUCUUUCACGACUGAAUGAUACGCACAGAAAUUAAUUUUAUCACGAUUCGUUGUUUCCUCUUGAAUAUUGUUGCAAUAUUAAAGAAAAAUAUUCGCGAGAAGAACAAAGAAAUAAUCUCGAGAUGAUCAGUGCCAGUACAAAAAAAAAAACAUUAACAUAUAUUGUUUUUUCCCCUUUUUACAAUGGAACAAUUUGCGCCACACGAACUAUGUUCGAUCAAAUUGAAUUAGAAACGUGAUAAAAAUUUUAAACGAGAAAAUGAUAAAAAUCCAAAGGAAGUCGUUGACGUAAAUUGAAUUAAAAACAGAAGCUAGUUAAUAAAAUUGGCUAGUAAAGUAAGAAAGAAAAACGAAAAAAAAAAAAAAAAGAAAUGAUAAAGAGAAAAAAUCAUGCGCGCUUGAUUUCGCUCGGCCUAGUGGAGCUUCUUCUUUUUCUUCUUCUUUAUCUUCUUCUUCUUAUUCUAUUUCUUCUCGAGUCUGUAAGGAGCCUAUAGCAAUUCAUAUGAGACUUCUUAAAAACGGAGAAGAACUGCGGAAAGAAAAGGAAUGAAAAAAAGAAAAAAAAAGAAAAGCAAGAGCAAAAAUAAACAUGCGAAGUAGGGAAGAGUUUACUUGAAGACAUUUACGACGAGGCGUCACGACGAUCACGGCAUUGAGGUAUAUAAAUUCGCGAUCAAUCAUAUUUUAACUAUAAUCGAAAUUGUAUCGAUUUGCGAAUAAUUUGUAUAUGUAUAUUUAUGUAUAUAUAUAUAUAUACAUAUAUAUAUACGCAUAUGUAUACAUAUAUGAUCUAUUCAAAAAAAAAAAUAACUAUGAAAUAUAAAUGACGUAUGUGUGCGCAUGCGUGUAUGAUUUGCGAGUGACGGUGAAUUCUCUUUUCAUGUAAGUAUGAUUUACUUAUUCGAACUGUACUACAUGGUGCGUGAUGCAACGAGUAUGUGUGAUGAUAUUGCGAAAGGAAGAAUGGGGAAAAAUAAUUAGAUGAAAUGUCCGAAGAAGCAAAGCAAAUAUCGACAAAGAGUAUUUAUAAAACUGCCUUUGUGUAUUAUACAUGCAAGAAGGGACAAAGCAAAGUGUUUUUUAAUAGUUUGGAAUCGAGCUGCAUUAGGCUUGCUUUCCUUUUUAACUUCUUCUGAUUUUUAUUUCGUUUCAUCAAUUUAAUAUUUGUGUUAUAAAAACAUUGCGUAUCAAAAUUCUUAUUUCUGCAAAGACAAAAGGAAUAGAAUGACAGAUCGAAAGAAUUCAGUAUUUACUCGUUAUAACCUCAAAAUUCAAGAACGGUCACGAGGAUAUGUGUAACUGUUAAACAUACAAAAUUCUAACUUCAUUUUAUGUUUAUAAAGAAUGAUAGUUAGUGAAAGAUAAAAAAGGAUUGAAAUUCCAAGCAUUUGGAGAAAUUUAUGAAUAGUCAUUAGAUCCUAUUAAAGAGGAUUGUCACCCAGUGAUGAGAAUGAUUCCUGAGCAUAUAACGAAUAAAUUCUGUACAAUGUAUAUUUGAGAAAAAUCGAAAGAGAGAGAGAGAGAGAGAGAGAGAGAGAGAGAGAGAGAGGAGAGAGAAUGACUUGUGCGUGUGUACAUGAUAUCUGUAUAUGUGAAAAGAUAACGCGGAGCAAAACAUGAUAUUCGUGGCUUUUGUUGCAUUCUAAUACGAAUUUUUUUCGUUUUUUCUUCAUCGCAUAAAACAAAAAAAAAAACUCUUGCCAUCUUUGAGACUCGACCUUUUGCUUGCAUUCACGUUUUCUUUCUUUAUAGGUUGAUGAAAAGCACGAGCGGCUAACUGAUCGACUAAACGUCUCUAGGCUACCCACGGAUUUAAUCGUCGAGUUUAAUCCGGUGGCGAGAGUUUGAGAGGGAGAAAACGCGCCUAGCCGGAACGGCGAGCGUAUACGAGUCGAACUGUCAUUUCAGUUGUGUCUCUAAGGAGCCCGAUCCAUUUUCUCCUUGGAAUCGAUGUAGAAAAACCGAAUACAUAACAUAUAACACUGACGCUUUCGCCACACAUUUCUUUCUUAGUUUCUCGUCGUGUGUAUUAUGCGUGUACGAUCUUCGAGGAUGGCAAGAGCGAAUAGGUCGAAAAAAAGAAAGAAAAACAAAAUCAGAAAAAUAAAACCUGCGCUUGAUUAUAUUGAUCGAACCUGCAUUUUGAAAGAAAAAAAUGCAAAAAAAAUUUAUCGACAAGAUAUUAUUAUUGCGUAAGAAUAACGACGAGAAAAAGAAAAAGAAAAACGUAUAAAUUUGCGAAUAUUUAACCUAUCGCCGCGGAUUGUCGACCCAUUAAAGAGUGUUGUCCUUCGUUCUUUCUUCGAAGAUACGAUGAAAAGAACAUUUUUCAUUGGAAAAAUUGUCAAACGAAGACAGAUACUUUGGUGGGUCGAUCAGAAAUUAAGGAAAUUAAGCUUGCAUUAUUCGAAAUUCUUGAUGUGAGUUCGUUAACUCCUAAACUGAAGUGCAAUUGUAAAAAAAAAAAAAAAGGAAAAAAACAAGAAAAAAAAUGACCGUCGUUGUCCGUUUGCUUGUUCGUCUAUCAAUGUAUGUAUUGACGACGACGCGAUGAAUGUUGCGUGAGAUGUUCGAGUUUUUUUUUUUUUUCCGUUGUCUUCGUACUCUUAUUCUUUUUUCGUCUUUUUCUUCUAUUUUUCAUUUCUUCUCUCUUUUUUUGGUAGCCUAACGCAUGUCUUGAAGUUAAUCCUUUAUGAGUGAUGGAAAUAGGGCCAUAAGAACAGUGCGUACACAACCACAAUGACAUUCUCCGAACGUAAUAAUAAUAAUCAAAAUAGGCAGCUAUUUAAUAACCGCCGUACUCUUUGGAGAUUCCCGAGUAGCGUGAACGAAGGUGCAUUGAUGAAACAGCGUUUCUACGUGUUAAUCGAUUUUAAUACUUGUACUCUAUCGAAUCGUAGAAUAGUGAUUCUUAAUCUGCGAACGUGUAAUCAUGUAUUUUUUGAAAUUUACGAAAGACACUUGAUGGUCUAUAAUUAAUUUUUUAUAUAAUACAAAGAGAAGGUAUGAUAACUCUUAAGGAAAGUGAAAAAGUGAAACUAGGCGAUCGUCCGUUUUACUUAUUAAUUUUUUUUUUCUUUUCUUUUUUCUUAUUCUUCUUUUUUUUUUUUUUAUUUUAAUCUUUUUCGUUUGAUCGAGUGGCUGCGAAACAAUUUUGCGAAACGAUUAAGAAUUACUGGCAUAAAGGGUUAAUUUUGAAUGGAAAUGCUUCGCUCGUAACAUUGAUUGCGAAAGGAGAUGUGAAUCAAAUCAAAUGCAACACGUCUAAAUCAGUUUGAACGUUUCUUACCGUGCAGGCAGUUUAAUUUCGCGUUUUUCUCCGCCACUUUAUGUUCACUGUAGGGAUUCAAAUAAUUAUUGAUUAGAAAGAGCCGAAAAAACGAAAUGUUUGUUUUAAACCGGAAAUGGCGGCGAUGGGAGGGACUUCGAUGAAACAAUAACACGUCUCGUCUUAAAUAUUUUCAGAAAAUAAAUGAGUUUUCUUUCACGACGAGCGUUCAUUGUUUCACGCUGUUCCCUGCCGUUUGCUCACCGAAUUCUAGUUAAAUAAUGAAAAAAGAAGAAACGAAGCGUUUUUUAAAUUAAACGAGAUAAACGAAUAA